UUUGCAAUUACUGAACUCUGCGAUUUUGAUGCACUUUAAGGAUUCUAGACUUGAGAACCUUAAGUCACCCCAGCUGUCAUCAGGUAGCAAUGUGACCCUUCUAACAGUGUUAGAAGUUGCCUGUCCACUUCUACUGUUGGAUAUUUUAAAUAUUUAAAGAUGAGAUUGUAACCAAUAGGUAUAGAUUCAACAUUUACAAGAACGUGUCUGACUUUAAAAGCGAACGCAGGUCUUUAGUCGUCAUCUAGCAUCUGACUCAUCCAUCUUAGCUGUUGCAUGGAGGCUAAACCGAUAAAAUCUACUGUGACAGUUUGAAUGACCUGCGGUGGAAAAUCUUGAGCCCUGCAAUGGACCACAUCUAGGCACACAGCAUAGUUCUAUUACAGGGAAGAGAUUGUCAUUAAGACUUUGCCCAUUGUUUACACUGUUUAACAAGGGCCAACGUUUUUAGAUUAAUUAACAAAAUAGGGAAAAAAAAUUGGGUCACUUGACACGGUGUCAAAGGGAUGGUGGCACCAUAAUUAAUGGUCAUUCUAGCCUCAGCUUUGAGUUACACUGGAGCCUACUUGUCUAACUGAUAACCCUCUUAGACGAAUGUCACCUACCUGAGUCGCAGACAUGCUUGUGGAUUCAUUAACACCCUACUAAAGGACUCUGUUUAUCCCUAAAGAUAUGCAGUAAAAUUUUUUCCUCAGUUCUUGAUUUGGAAACUUCUCCACAGGAUGGCUUCUGCAAGUGGCAAAACUGAAAAAGCCUCAAAAUUUGAGAUGCUGAAACUUUUGGAGAACUGCCGGAAGGAAAGAGAUGAUGCUUUACAACGGGAAAGUGCUCUCAGGGAAAAACUCAGGCAGAAUGAGACAAGGUUGCGUUCAACCGAGGGCCUGAAACAAAAACUGAAGAUCUUGACUAUGGACAACAAAGAACUUAGAAAGCAAGUGAAGGCUCUUCGAACUGAGAUCGGACUGGAGAGAAGCCCCAACUUUGCAGGGAAGACCACCAAAGAUAUAGUCAAUGAUUUUGAAGAAAAGGAGCGUGAGUGCAACUCCUUAAUAGACAAGACCGGGAAACUUAGAGUGACCAUUGAUGACUUGACGGCAGAGCUGUCCAAUGUGACCACCUCCAAGAUGCUCUUAGAGGACCAAGUGCAGUCAUUACAGCAAAAUCUCAAGGAUAUGACAAAUAAUCAGCGGCGUCUGCUGAAGCUGUGGGACGACAAGAAGACCCAGAGGGAGCAGCUCGCUCUUCCUGCAAUUGUUCAGAAACCCUUCACCCACAAAGAAGUUCAAACUGACAUGUCCAUAAGCUCACAACAGAAGCUCCCACCCAAUGCUUUUGAGACCAAGCAGAUUAGACAAGAUGGAGACAAGGACAAUUUACCUUCCUUUGGUAAUGGCUUUCAUUAUAGCAGAAAGAGUUCUGUGCACAAUGAAACAUAAUGACUUCAGUUCUGGCAGUUCAUGCAAGAAUGGUGACAGUGACACUAAAGUGAAUGAGUCAAUGAUUUUUUUUUCUGAAUUGCUAUGCUUGAUACAUAUCUGUAACCAAGAGGCAAAUCCUAUAAACUCAAAUAUGACACGUCAGUUGAAACUGAGCUGGACUUGUUUUUGUUGUUGUUGUUGUUUUUUUUUUUAUAAGUUGUUUCUGUGUUGUCUUUUCUUAUGUUGACUUUUAUGGUGUAAAUAAUAGAAUAUUUUUAGUACACUGUGCAAUGAAAUUCCAUAAUGGAAUUUCAUAUCUAUAAUAUUAACAUAUUAUAGAUAUGAUAAUACCUGUUGAGAAGCCAGUGGACACACUGGGACAGUUUGUAGACAGAGGAGACCAUCUGAAUAUGAUAUUCUAUGUAUAGAUGACUUACACUAUUAUAUAACUGUAUGUCUAUAUAUUACGUAUAUAGAUAUAGCACAUAAAAUAGAAAGCCAAUUUAUUAGAC